CUGGCGAUAGCGUUUUCAAGCACGUCGUCGCGCCGCGGUGAAAAGCAAUAGAAAGGCCUGCGCUGCUGUAUUUUGAGGUCUUUCCUUGGGGAACCGUUCCUGUGCCGAGCAGCCUCGAUAGGAUGGGACGACGCAGGAGCAAGCGAAAGCCGCCGCCGAAGCGCAAGAACAUUGAACCGCUGGAGACGCAGUUCAACUGUCCUUUCUGCAACCACGAGCGCUCUUGCGAAGUCAAAAUGGACCGGCAACGGAAUACAGGUCGUAUCACCUGUCGAGUCUGUCUGGAAGAUUUUCAGACAGCUAUAAACUAUCUUUCCGAAGCCAUUGACGUCUACAGCGACUGGAUCGACGCGUGCGAGAGCGCAAACCAGUGAGGAGGGGGCACAAAUAUCGGCCUCUCCUUCAUAUGUACAUAUUGUCAAUAGAAAUCGCUGGCGGAAAGGAGUGUCAUCGGAGCGCAUUCAUUCGGCUGCAUGUGUGUGCAAAGAGCCUUCCAUCUCUGUGUCAUGUUGUCGUCGUCCCACCGAGCGGUGUGUGGACCACAAGCAACCAUCACCCACUUCCCUUCGCUCUCUGUGUUGUGUGCAUCUUCAAGGAAAAGUUCAGAAGCACGCGUCAUCGUCUGUCGAUGUGCUGCGGUCUCUGUUGUAAUGUUCAACGGUUGGGGAAGUAAUUAAAUCUGUUUUAUGCUGGGA